CACAGUAGUACGACAAGAAUGAACUCCAAAUACGAAAAAAAUAGAACCCAAAGGUAUAAACAUUCCACUACUUUUGCAAAGCAGUGAUCAACUUGCUGUCAUCAUUCUUGGAUACUUGAUUUCAACCAAAACUUUUUGUUGCAGUUUUACUAGGCUAAUCUAAAGGUUUCAGAUUGCGCGCUUCCCGAUGUCGUGACUUGACCACCUGUCCAACCUACUGUGGAAGAGAACAAACCAGCUUCCAGCUCAGUCAGCUGCAAAGGAAGACCAGGCAUAUAUACUCAUUGGUCCAAGUUGCCACACCUCAUUAGCACAACACGAUAAACACCAAAUUCCAUCUGAUGGAAUUACGAAAAGACGCUGGAUGUGGACAGGGUAUUUAUUGAGGAAAUUAACAAACUGCAUCACGAGGCAAGCGUUAGUUUGGGAUCCUGAAGGGAAAAGGAAAAUCAGAAGACCAGAAAAGGCACUGCACUGAAAACCGGAAGCAGACAACAAAAGAAUGAAUAGCAACUGGAACUACUUGGAAAUGAUUGCUCAAGACAGGGUUGGGUGGAGAAUGCUGUUGGGCGACCUAUGUUCCUCGACAAGUGUAAACAGUUAUAAGGUUACUUGUGGCGGGGGUUAGAUAUCCUCCUGCCAACCAAAGGGCGAGUUGAAUGUGCAGUAGUUUUUACUGUCCUAAUUCAUGAGUGCGAAACACGGGCAUUGCGUAUGAAGGUUAUUCGCAGGUUACCUGUAUGCGUUCGUAGGUGCCUUCAAAACACUGCUCGUGUAAUUCGGGAUCACCUUGUUAGCAGUGCUUUCGUUUGAAGAGUGUGUUGGGUAAAGAUGACAAAUCGAUUGGUGAGUUGGUAAAUAUUCAUCGAUUGAGAUGGUUAGGACAUGUGAUACCCAUACCCACCUACCGCCCACGUCGACGGGCGAUAUGUAGUGUGGGAGUAGUCUGCAAGAUAGCUAGAGACUGCCAAACAAAAACGAUGCAUCUGUCCAUGAAGUCAUUGACAAUUGGACUAGACCAUGUUGACGUGGAUGGACUGCCUUGCUGGAGUCGGUGUGUUUAUCGUUACUAGUGGUUGGAGACUGAAUAAUGUAUCAAUUUAACAGGUAAACUCAGAAGUGAAUAUCGUGGAAUGGGGGAUCUUAACCUUCUAAAACCAUAUGCCGUUUUUGAACAACUAUUUGAGCAGAAGAUUAGAAUAGAAGACAGGGAUUGUCUCGAGUUUGCUGAUAUAAACGUCGCUGCUGGUGUCUUAACCUCCUGUCAUGGUUCAGCUCUUGUCAAGGUCGGAAAAACGCAGGUGAUUGCAGGUGUAAAGGUCAAGGUAAUUCCAGAAAGCGGAAACUCAGGCAACAUAACCUGCAAUGUCGAGUUUGCUGGUCUCUGUCAUAGAGGUUCACGUUUAAAUGCUCCACAACCUAAGUAUGCUCAGUGGCUGUCUUCUACAAUCCAAAGACUCCUGAAUAAUUUUGCAUUCCCAUCUAUUGAAAACCAGCUAAACAUAUUCUCAAUAAAUGACCCAGACACACUUACACCGGUAGCUUCCUACACUUUGAAGCUCGAUGUCUUCAUCCUUCAUGACGAUGGGUGCUUACUAGAUGCUUGUGUCCCCGCUGCACUUGUUAGUCUUUGUACAACAAAGUGGACAAAGUUAUACGCGGUUACGGAUGAACAAGCUGCGGGAUCCUAUUUAGAAUUAUAUAAACCAGGACCACGAAAUGAGACAAAAUCCCUAAAAAUGAAUGAAUGGCCUGUUUCACUGUCUUUCUGCUUCGUUCCUCGCCCGGUUGCUGAUAGAAAGUCAAAGACAGUCCCUAUUAUUGCCCAACCAACGAAACGAGAGUUAGAUAUUUGGGAUACUGAUGCUGGUCCAGUACACAUAACUGUUUCUCAGGGUGCUGUCGUCGAUCUUUCUGUGGUCAGUGCAUUUUUAACGGGUCUUUGGGACAGUUUAUUUGUAACGAGUGCAAAUGAAAGUGAUGUAGUCAACUCAUGGGGAGUUUUGUUUGAUUCUGCCGUUUCUCACGCUCAGAAAGUUCUACAGAUAAUCCAAAAAGCAGUAAACUAGUUUGUAUAGUUCACGACAAUU